GGCUCUCUAUUAUUAAUUCACCUAUUCUGGAUAUUCCUUUUGAGUACUGGAGCACGCCUGGGUUGAAACUUACAACCCCAGCGGAGCUGCUGCGUAUCAGCUCGGUCCACCAGGAGGAACGCCUCUCCGCUUUGUACCUCAUACCUGCCGCCCACCUUCCCUUCCCGCUUUUGGGUCAGGCGGAGCGAGGCCGUGGUCAGGUGGCUUUGCCGUCCGGCUGACGUGGACUGGAACGAGAAGAACCCGCCCUAUAUCAGGCGCGGGCGGGUCGAGUGCGCUUGAGCGAAGCCAGGCACAGUAAGGGGGUGGCGCGCAGGUUGUGCGGUAUAAAUCGUCUCUCAGUGCCUUCCUUCCAAGGGAGGAACUGAACGGCUGGUUCUUCAAGGAGAUGGCUGCUGAGAUGGACCGUGGCAGCGAACAAGGUCUGCUGAAACAUGAAACAAUUCCUGAAGUUGGAGAGGAUGCAGCUGCUUCAGUUACUGUUGCAGAAGCUCUGUCUGAAGAAGAACAGGAUGAACUCAGAAGAGAGCUUGCUAAGGUAGAAGAAGAAAUCCAGACUCUUUCCCAAGUACUAGCUGCUAAAGAGAAAUAUCUAGCAGAAAUAAAGAAAAAAUUGGGAAUCAAUACAUUGCAGGAGCUGAAACAGAACCUUUCCAAAGGGUGGCAGGAUGUAACGGCAACACAUGCGUAUAAGAAGACUUCAGAAACAUUGUCUCAGGCUGGGCAGAAAGCUUCUGCUGCUUUCUCAUCAGUUGGCUCUGCCAUAACAAAGAAAUUGGAAGAUGUGAAGAAUUCCCCAACUUUCAAGUCAUUUGAAGAGAGAGUUGAAAACUUAAAGUAUAAGGUUGGAGUAAACAAGCCAGCUGGGGGUGACUUUGGAGAGGUCUUGAACUCUGCUGCUAAUGCCAGUGCCACAGAAGCAACCACAAAGCAGACGGAAGAGGAUGCUCAAUGAUUGUCUUGCCUACUUCCUGCUAUCCACUGCCAGAUGCUGCAGGCAAAUACUGAAGCACAACACCUCUGCUGUUGACUCUUUCAAGAUGUGCUUCUCUUUAGCACUUAACUUUAUAGCUAUUUAAUAUGUAGCUCGUGUAAACUCAGAGUAUUUUUUUUAAGACACUAUCUGGAAAUUUUCCACAUUUUGGGUAUUUGAAAAACAUUCCUGGCCUAAAAUCAUCACUAAGAUAGUGCAUUAUGAAAAUUAAAGAAGCUAAGAGUUUCAGCACUGUACAUGUUGGAUGCUGUGAUGAAUAGCAAGUGGUUCAUGUCCCAUGAAAGUCUGUUUCCACUUAUUCCACUGCAAACACUGAAAAGGCCUCAUCAAUCAUUGGCAUGAAAAGCUUUUGAACGGGUCUUGUUACAGGAACUUCCAGUGGCAGAAGAAGAUUGUUGGCUUCAACUCAUCCGUGUAAACUUUGACCAAAUAACAUGCCCAUUGUUAUAAUGGCUGGCAUUGAGUUCAAUGGUUCUAACUUAAUAUAUGCAACAUUAUUUUAGUGAGGUUACCAUGAACAAAUGUAUAUUGUCUUUUUCCCAAAUUUUUCCCAGUUAAACAUUUUGCUCUUGGAUAUUGCAAGUUUAAUUAACUCAGUUCUGUCUUUUAACUGCUGAAUGUUGCGGGAGUAAAAUAGAGUCAUCAGAUAUGAAGUCUGAGAAUAUGAACUGUAUAGGCUGAAAGUAACAGGGUAAAUGGAGUGGCUAAGAAGCACCACACUGAUAAAAAGUACACUGAUAAGACUUUAAUUCUCCCUCAUUUCUUUGAAAGAAAAUAAAGCUGGGCCAUGCUAUUUCUGGUACGUAAUCUAAUGUUUAUUCCCUUCUCACCCGCUGCCAUUUAAGUGAUUGAAGUGUAUGGUACCAACGGUGCUUCUAAAUUUAUGUGGGUUGGUAAACUUUAAGAUCUUGGAAAACGCACACUGGAACAGAUGUGAUAUGUAGCUGGUUUCUGAAUUUGUACCAGAGGAAGAGAGUCCUGUAGAGAAGCUGAAUUUUUUGAAUUGGCAAACAGUAUGAAAUCUGAAAACACAAGGUUGCAUUUAGAUAUUGUAACCUUUGGAAAGCAACUAGAAAUAUUAAAAAAGACUAAUCAAGCCUCCUACUGACCUUGUAAAGUGCACUUCACUUUAUGUGCCCGUACUGGAUAAUAUUCUGGCACACUGUAGGAUUUACAUUAAUUACAGCAUGUUUUUUGUUUACCACAUUUAAUCACCAUGCUUGGAAUGAACAUGAACCCAUUAUUAAAUGAAGCAUUGUAAUUCAAUACAAACAUGUCUUAUGCACCUGCAUCCAAACAUUCACAAACUACGUCUGUAACACAAUCACACUUGACAACUUUGUUUAGCAACGCAAAUCAAAUGUAAAAAAAAUCACUAAAAAUAAAAGCAAUGUAUUCCCAAAUAUAAAA